GGAAUUUAGAGUUCACACAACAAAGGACCAAGGAGCAAAGUGCAAUCAAAUUCUGUCUAGGCAAUUGAAUAAAGGAAUUAAUCAUAUUCUGAAAACUGAUCUUGCCUGUACCAUUGAAUACUCUUUGUCCUGUGCAUAUUUGAUUAGCCUCAAAUUUUAUUUUCUUUUAAUGUUGACAGGGAGAAAGUUGGAGAUGAUAAAGUGGGAUAUUUACAAUCCACAGUCACUGUUUAGCUGUAGUGAGGGUGUGUGCAUUGCACUUAUUCCAAGUUGAAACUUGUACCUUGGAACUAUUGGUUUGAACUGAUCCCAGAGUUGUUUGAGUGUUACCAAGGCAACAAAGUCUACAGUACACUAUCAGUAGCACAGGGUGAUUAAUAGGGACAAUAUCAGUGUGAUACUUGUGUGGUAUUCUCCAAUAAUCAUGCCACAGCAAUUGGAUUUAGAUAUCAUUUAAAGACUGGGAAACUGUGCGGUAUUUAUUAUGGAGCACGGCAACAGAACCUAUCUGUCAACAUUGUCAACCGUGAAAGAGAUGUUGAUUCAGGUCAAAUGGCUUUACCCGUGUAAAUAGAUUGCAUUUGCUUUGUAAAUUCUUCAUGAGUUUCCAGCGUAUGCUAGAUACAGAGCACACAACAGGUAUUGAAUACUGAGAGAUGUAGAGUGUGGAUGCUGAUGAUGUCAGGUGGGACCAAGAAGUUUUUGUACACUGGUCCCCAGUCAAAAAAUGAAGAUGAGAAUGAAUGGGAUUUUACCCCAGUAAAGAAGAGUAAAGAAAGCACAAAAAACAGUUUUUCAGUUGAAGCUAACUUGGAAGAUGUCUGGAGUAUAAAGAAAAAUGUAGCUUUGGGAAGUCCUGUGCCCCAAAAAACUGAUACUGGUCUAACUCUCAAUGUGGGCAAGGGGUUCUACUCCAGGCAUGCUGCACUGAAAGAUGAGGACUUGAACCAUCAAAACAUUACCGGUAACACUUCACCAGGUGGACGUUCAUGGAGUCAGCCCAAUCAGUCCAGAUAUUCAUAUGCCCACACCAGUGCAGCAGCAGUGCAGGGACAAGUGCAGCCUGGAAGUCCCUCAUCUCCUAAAAUACAGCAGGACAACAUGGGAAGACUAAAAAGACAGAAUAACCAAGGUGUUCAGAGCACCAGCGGCAACGUCCAAAGCACAAUGCAAAAUAAGUCCAGAUACUUUUGAUGCAAAUAUAUUUAUACUAUCACAGAGAUCUUUGAGAAUAUGCCGUCCAACAUCUAUAUUAAAGAAUUUAUUUGAUAGAGGCAUGUUUAUGCCUGAACUAUUUUCAUUGGUAUUUUACUGUAGGUUUGGCAUCAAAAGUUUUCUUUGGAGCUAAUUUACAUUUUUGAAGAAUCUUUGAUGCAUUUUAGAAUAUAGAAUAUUGAACCACAAUAGUCUUACAAAGACCCUUUUCACAUUGAGCAGUAUACCUAAUCCAUACAGUCUGUAUCAUAUUCUCCAUGCUUACUGCUGUGCAGUUAAGAAAAAUAAUGGGCUGCGUUGAGUGUGGAGGCUCUAUUUAGGUAAAUCCUUUACAUAAUAGCCAGGCUAUUAUUUGUCAAUCUUUCACAGUGAACUAAUCCAGAUUGUAACACAUAAGUAUAUUUUGUGAUAUAAAAAGGGGCCUAAAUCUUUCAAAUUAUAUAGUAUUUGGCAUUUUAAAAGAGUUGACAUCAAAUGUUCAGGGGUAUUUCUCAUAUAUUUUGUAUGUUGGGGAGAACAUGCGGGUCCAUGUUGUAGUUUCUAUAUCAAAUUUUGUGAUGAUACUUAAAUGACAUAUUUGAUAAUUCUUAUGUUUGAGCAGUUUGUAAGGGUGUGUGUACCUCAAUAUCUUUCUGUUAGAAAGAGAUGGAAUAAGGAAUGGUGCCAAGAACUGUUGGGAUGUUUAGAAAACAGAUAUUGCAUUUUUCUUGCAACUUGCUUGCUGUAAGGCCAAAGUGCAGGUCAAGUUGGAGAAUAGACCCGAUUAAUUUCGAGCAUUAUUUCAAAUACUGUGUUGUUCUAUAUGAUCCUUAACAGCUAUUUACAUGUACGUUACAUUGUUUUGUGUUAAAAACUUUUUUUAUUGUGUUAGUGUAUAGACUGAAUUAUAGACUGAAUUAUUUCUUAAUGUUGAUACAUAAUAUAGUUUAUUUCUGGAGACAACUAUAUUUUUAAGAAAAAUAUUUAGCAUUAACAAAUUUAAGUGCGUUCAAAGGGUAUUUACUAAUAUGUUUAUUAACAUUGUUUCUUAAUUUUGAUACAUUGUAAAAAAUAUUUGUGAUAGUGGAUAGAUGUAUGUUCUAAAUUUAUAUUACAGAAAUCAUUUUUUAAAUUAUUGUUAGGAUGUGCCAAAAUUUCAGAUACAAACCAACGUAGAAGUAGAAUCCUUAUCAGUCUCUUUGCAGUGUACUUUUGUUGGUAACAAUAUUUUAUAUUUAUAUCCUUUUUGUGACUGUUUGAAUAAUAGCAUUUUCUGCUGGAAUGCUUUUAAAAUGAACAUGAUGGAAAAUUGGUAGUUUUGAAAAAUCAACAUAUUAUAUUGAAAGACAAUUGUUAGAAAUCACUGUUAUUUUCAAUAGAUAGUGUAACCAUAUAACUAUGGAGUCUUUUUAAAGAUGUCAAUCUGCCAUUCUUUGCUUGUAUAUUUUAACAGUAACUGUUAUAAUAAAGUUUCCAUGUGCU